AUGUCCAACGACAAUACCCGCCGCCACUGGCACGGAACCCCCGGCGACCGCCACGAGCACCUCAAUGUCUGGAUGAAUGGCGGUGCCAAGAGUCCCAGUGGCCGCGCUGCCUGGGCGAUGCCUAUUCCAGAUACCAGAAGAGUAUGUCAUUUGCCUCUUUCGAUUCCUUCUCAUCUAUCAUUCCCUCUACAUCACUACUUCACUACGACUCCAAUACCUCCACCUCCUCGAAACGGAAGCAAACGAGUCGAAGACGCCUUGCCUAACGCCCCAGGCAUGGGUGAGCGUCGCAGCAGCUCCGUCGACUCUUCCAGCGGCCUAUUCUCGAACCUGACUACCCAGAAGCGUGGUUCUACAAACGCGGAUAUGGCUACCCGUCGCGCGAGCUGGAAUGAACAGGCUGCUAACCGGGGCAUCUUCGCGAAAUGGUGGGACGGAUACACCCGGGGAAGUGGUAGCAAGUAG